AUGGAUUCUUCAUCAGAUGAGGAAGAUCUCACACAGCGUGUAACCCCAUCACGGACUCCCACUACAUCACAGACCAGCAAUUCUUCAGGGUCAUCGGUUGCUCCUUCAGUUAACUCAUCUCCGGCCUAUUCCAACAAUGUGUAUGGCCUGGCACAGACUUCCCUUCCUGUCAUCACUUCUAGCAGUAAUUCAGCCUCAUUUGGCUCUCAGUCAUCUCCUGUGUUGAAAUCACCCCGGUCUCUCUACUUGCCUUCAGGCACAGCAAAUUUUCCAGAAAUAUCCACAAACAACAUUUCAGAAAAUUUCAAUAAGCUGCCAGUUUACCAAGGAGCCAGCACCAGCACCACAGCGCCCAACCCAUGUGAUAUUCCUCUCUGUUCAUUACUGCAAACCGAAACAAAUGAUGAUGUGGAGAUAUCGGAUCUGAUUGGCUUACCAACUUACCCUCCAAGUAGUACUCUUGUCUCAGCCAGUGGUAGUGGCAGUGGUAGCAGCAGCAACAGUAGUAGCAGCAGUAGUAGCAGCGGCAGCAGUAGUAGCAGUGCUGGUCUUCAGGCACCCACCACCCUUGCAGCCACAACUGCCUCUACUAGUAGCUUGAGUCCAAGCCACACAACACAUCCAGAUGUCAUCUCUCUUGAUUAA